CACUGAAUCACCCCUCGCUCGAAUGAGGCUCAUACAGCAAGGUAAAGAGAAGGAGAAAGAGGGAGAGAAAGAGAGAGAGGAACUUGAAUCCUCCGUGAGCGGCGCAAAGUAAGACAACGGCGCAAAGUGUACGGCGUAGCCUACCGUGCCAGAGUUGAGCGCAAGGACUAACAGUAACCGGUAGCCAUUUUACGCCCUGAGAAGGAAGAGAUUCCCAACACCUGGACCUUUACUUCGACCAACAAAGAACAACACACGGCAAAACCAUGUCGAGCACACGGACCAAGAAAAAGCAGCGUACACGCACGCAACGCUACACAUCCAAUGUGUUCGCCAUGUUCAAUCAAGGACAGAUACAAGAAUUCAAGGAAGCCUUCAACAUGAUCGACCAGAACAGAGACGGCUACAUCGACAAGGAAGAUCUCUUCGAGAUGUUUACGUCACUUGGGAAAAACCCCACCGACCCUGACCUUGAUGUCAUGAUCAACAUGGCGCCCGGACCAAUCAACUUCACCAUGUUCCUAACUCUUUUCGGCGAGAAGCUCAACGGAACUGACCCCGAGGAGGUCAUUCGGAACGCCUUUGCUUGCUUUGAUGAGAGGAAUGCAG